CUUCCUUUUUGUUUGACUUUCAGCUAGCAGCAAUCAUACUACUCCGUUAGAACUAUCCUGCAUCGUUGUUAAGCAUUUAUCUUAUCAGAUCCGGAUCUGAUCGCCGAGCUAGCGGCGUCGACCUCCGGCUCAGGCACUCCACAUCACCCACUCUUCCACCUAUUCCGAACGCUAAUGUGCAUCAGUAUUCAAUUUCAACUGCGUCGCGAACACAGCCACAAGAAUUCAAAGCUUUAAGAGAGUCAUAGUAUUCUAUCCUUCCUUGGGGUUGAUUGAGAACGUCACUCUGUCACGAAGGCACUCAUCGUAGUCUGACAACCCCUCCUUCGCAUCCCGCAACCUCCGUCCACCGUCGAACAUGACCGUACUAUCACAGAGACGUUUGCGUAUCGGCGUGGAUGUUGGUGGCACAAACACUGAUGGUGUUAUUCUCGAUCCUACGCGGGCUUCAGAGCCAGACAAGGGUGUUAUUGCAUCUCAUAAAGCACCAACGACCACAAACCCCAGCCAGGGCAUCAAUGAGGCCAUUGCUACUAUGUUCAAGUCAGCAGCUGGUUCCAAAAUCAGUCCGGAUGAUAUUGUGAGCAUCACCAUCGGCACAACGCAUUUCGUCAAUGCCGUGGUAGAGCGCGAUGCCAACAGAUUAAGCAAAGUUGCAGUCAUUCGUAUCUGUGGACCAUUCGCUAAACAUGUGACGCCCUGUAUCGACUGGCCAAAUGAUAUGCGAGACCUUAUCCUGGGAUACUACGCUCGCGUAGCUGGUGGGCUAGAAGUGGACGGGUCAUUGAUAUCAGAUAUUGACCCAGGUGAGAUCAAGAUCGAAUGCCCCAAGAUCAAAGAACUCGGCAUUCGCAGCGUGGUCGUCAUCGGAGUAUUUAGUCCCAUUGACACUGUACAGCUGCAGGAGGAGCGCGCCGCUGAAAUCGUACGUACCGAGAUUCCCGGUUGCGACGUCGUGCUUUCCAAAGACGUUGCAAACCUGGGGUUUCUGGAACGAGAGAACGCGGCUAUACUGAAUGCGAGUAUCCUAUCGUUUGCUAAAAAAACCAUUCAGAGCUUCCAUAAACCUAUCAAGGAUCUGGGGCUUAAAUGCCCAGUUUUCAUAACUCAAAACGACGGUACAAUCCUGUCUGGUGAGCUGGCAGAAAAAUUGCCAAUUAGAACCUUCUCCAGCGGUCCGACAAAUAGUAUGAGGGGAGCAGCGUUCCUCGUUGGUAAUCGGCUGGAGGAAGCAAUGAUGGUGGUCGACAUCGGUGGCACAACUUCCGAUGUAGGGCUGCUUCAGGCCAACGGAUUCCCUAGACAGCAAGCUGCCUAUAGCGAUUUUGCCGGAGUCCGGUUGAAUUUCUCUUGCCCCGAUAUCAAGAGCAUAGGUCUUGGUGGUGGUUCGAUUGUGCGAGAUGGAGAGCAUCUGACCGUGGGACCGGACAGCGUUGGCUACAAACUGACACAGGAUUCGUUGGCAUUUGGUGGCAGCGUGCUUACUGCAACUGACUGCACGGUACUUGCAGAUCCGAACCUCAAGAUCGGUGAUGCAGACCUCGCGAAAGGGGCAAUAAAUGAUGCUGGAGUAGGCAAGUUUAAGGCUGUUGUCAAGCACAAGUUGGAAAAGAUUAUAGACACAAUGAAGACGUCGCCGGAGGAUAUACCGGUUAUACUGGUCGGAGGCGGUGCUAUCAUUGCCCCCACCGGUCUACAAGGGGCGAGCAAGGUGUUGAAGCCGAAGCAUGCUGAAGUUGCCAACGCGAUCGGAGCGGCAAUUGCGAGAGUGAGCGCAGUAGUAGACACGGUGAAAUCAACUGAGUCGAAGACCACAAAAGAACUCCUGGAGGAAAUCUGCAAAGACGUCAUCGAAAGAACUGUGGUAGCUGGUGCAUCGCGUGAGACUGUCAACGUGGUUGAGAUGGAGACCUUGCCAUUGCAAUACAUUGCAAACAAGACACGUUUCAUAGUUCGUGCUGCCGGUGACUGUGACUAUCUCCGAGAUGAUAUCGUGAAAAUGCCAUCCGAAUUCACUGAAGAAACCGAUGACAUAAUGGACGAAUACGAGAAGCAAGCCAAGGAAUCAAAGAAUAUAGACAAAACCGUACCCAAAGACGAAAUUAAUAUUCUUAGCUACCACCCCACCGUCAAGAACCGCACAUGGUACAUCUCUGAAACUGACCUCGCCUGGAUCUCGAUCGGGUGUUAUAUCCUUGGCACCGGUGGCGGUGGAAGUCCGUACCCUUUCAUGAUCCAACUCCGAAAACAACUCCGCUCUGGGGCCGUCGUCCGCGUUGUGUCUCCUUCUGACUUACCUGACGAUGCGCAGAUCGGAUGUGGCGGCGGUGUCGGAUCGCCCACUGUUGGUAUAGAAAAGCUCGCCGGCGACGCCAUGAUCGAAGCGCAGCGCGCGUUGUAUGCUAUCUGCCCUCCUGAAAGGCGCGCGACACAUAUGAUCUCCAUCGAGAUCGGCGGAGGGAACGGCCUGCAAGCUAUGAUUCUAGGUGCAUCCGGUGAAGGUGGAAUGGACCUGCCCGCUGUUGAUGGUGACUGGAUGGGUCGGGCAUACCCAACAAAGUGGCAGACCACACCCAUCGUUUUCAACGAGCGAUCACCCAUAUGGAGCCCAAUUGCCAUGACAGAUGGUAAUGGGAAUACCAUCGUCAUGCCGGAGGCCAAGUCGGACAUGCAUGUAGAACGGAUAAUGCGCGCUGCUUUGUCGGAGAUGGGGUCUGCUGUUGCCGUGGCAGAAGCUCCUGUUUCAGGCGCAGAGUGCCGUCGAUGGGUUGUGGAAAAUACGAUCUCACAAUCAUGGCGCAUCGGCAGAGCAGUCGCCCGCGCUCAGAUGGAGAACCGAACCGACGGUGUUGCAGAAAUGAUCUUGGAGGAAUGUGGUGGCUCGGAAGCUGGCAGAGUUUUGUUUAAAGGCAAGAUCAUUGGCGUUGAGCGCACACUGAGAAUGGGCCACGUCUACGGAGAAUGCAUCAUUGAGGGUGCGGACAUUGUGGAUGCUGAUACGAUUGCUACCGAUGGAACGACGCCCCCAAAUCGCGAUAUACAAUUUGAGGGUCUUAUCAAAAUUCCAUUCAAAAAUGAGAACAUCGCCGCAAUCAAAUUCACAAGGACCGAAGUUGACGGGAGAACCAUCGAUGAGGAAGGGGAAGUCUUGGGUGUGGUGCCCGACCUUAUCGCUGUCAUUGAUGCACAUAACGGCGAAGCCAUUGGUACACCCGAGUACAGAUAUGGACUUCUUGUCGUGGUGCUUGGGCUUGCUGCAUCUGACCGUUGGACAACGGAAAGAGGAAUCGAGAUCGGCGGACCCAAGGGUUUUGCUAUGAACCAUCUAUCGUAUAAACCACUAGGUAAAUUUGUCAAACCCGUCAGUGUCAUUGACGAGUACAACACCAUAGAAUAACCAGUAGAUUCGAAGAUAUAUGCGUUUCUCUUUUUUUCAGCCAAUAAUACUUGCAUUUGGCAGCCAAAGCGGUCUUCACAAGAUGCAAUGAACAUGGCGAUAAAUAAAGAUGUCUGCAAACAACGGGGGCAC